UCCAUGAAAAGAGAAUGUCAUAGAAGAAAUUUGCUCUUUAGGCCCCUCUUGUUGCUCCAAGCCCCCAAAAAUCCCAAAAUACCCCUCAUUUUUGGUCAGGAUAGUUUGGGUGAUACAAUCCGAAAUACAAUAAACCCAGAAAACUCUUAUAUUCCUUUUGUAGAAACCAAAAACGCUUACAUUCCUUUCCUAGAAUCCAAAAUCAGGUCUUACAACACUAAACUCAGAAAUUCUCUUAUAUUCUUUCGUAGAAUACAAAAACUUUUAUAUUCAUUUUGUAGAAUCGAAAAACUCUUACAUUUGUUUUGUAGAAUCCGAAAUAAGCCUGCUGCAAUUGGUUGUUUCUAUUGUUGUGAAAGAAAGAAAAAACCUAAAUUGCGGAAUCUAGGAUCCAAAAUUAUUGUUGUUCUCAAGCUAUGCUCCAAAAGGGUAAUUUUGUCAGUUUGAAGGGUCUGGAAGCAAUAUAGGGGGGCCUAAAAAGCAAUUUUCUACAAUCGUAGUGCCGGCAACCGGCAACCGGAUAGGGCUCACCGAGAACGAACCCUAUAAGCUAAUUGGAUUUUCGAGUUUGAAGGUUAUUACUACAGAUCAGUUUUUGUAAAAGAUAAAGGCAAGUACUAAGGUGCGGCUUAAACAAUGGGAUCUAACUCAAUGAAGGAUUAUCUAAAAAAAUAUGUUAGUAACCCUCAAGAAGACAAGAAAAAGAAGAAAAAGAAGAGGAAAACUCUACCACAAGCAUCUGGAUUGUUAGUCGUUGAUGAAGAUCCAGCCUGGCAGAAACCCGUGGAUCUCGGAGAAGAAAAUGUUGAGAACUCAUCCGAUGAGGAGAAACCGGUAGUUGACGAAGACAUUGAAGUAAAGCGUAUGAAACGGCUUGAGCAGCUGAAGGCCAGGCGUUCUUAUCAUGAUAUAUCCGAGGAUGGAAGUGGUUGGAUUCCACUUUCUUCUAAGUCUGAGAAUCUUGGUGACUCAAAUGAUAUGUCUCCACCACGUAAGCAGAGGGUUCGAAAUGACACUCCUUCACCAGAACCUGAAUUAAAUCAUUCCACUUCUAACAAAACGGGUGCUGAUUUAUCCCCUUCGCGUCGGCAGUUGAAACGCAAAGACACUCCAUCACCUGAACGUAACUCACAACCUGCACAUUCAGAGGAACUGAAUUCUGAUUUAUCUCCUCCUCGUAAACAUAGAGAUCAGAUAGCUCGUGAACCAAGGUUGUCUAAAUCAAAAUUUGAAGAUAGUGAUAGAUCACCUCCUCGACGGCAACAUAUGGAAGAUCUUUCUCCACCUAGACGAGGUCGUCAUGAUUCUCCCUCUCAAGAUACUUUUCAUGGAACUGUGUCAUCUGACCUUUCACCCCCGAGGAAACGCCAGCAUAGUGUUGCAAGAUCGAGUUUAUCUGAUGUUUCUCGUCAUUCGCAUCCAUCUUUCGAUCAUGACCUAUCUCCACCAAGGAAGAAAUCGAAGGAGCUAUCCAUUGCAGGAUCUGUUAAUGAAAGAAAGACGGGUUUGAUUUCUGGUAAGGAUAUCAGAGAAGAGAUUGACAAAAAGAAGAAGGAGGAUUUGCUGAGACUUAAACAGAUGGACCCUGUCAUCAGUGGGCGUGGCGCUGAACCUGUAUUUCGUGAUAACAAAGGAGCACGCAUUACCAAAGAGGAAUACGUAAACUCAAAACAGAAAGUAGAAGAAAAGCCCAAGGAGAUUCAAAUAGAAUGGGGCAAAGGCUUGGCUCAAAAGCGAGAAGCUGAGGCAAGGCAAAAGGAACUAGAGGUUCAGAAGGAAAAACCUUUUGCUCGGACCAGAGAUGAUCCUGAACUUGACAAGUCACUGAAGGAGAGGAUAAGAUGGGGUGAUCCUAUGGCCCAUCUAGUAAAGAAAAAAUAUCCAGAGCCUGUUCUGCCGAACUUGGGGGAUAGUGAUAAAAUGAGGGAAUCUGGUUUUGUUGUUCCUCAAGAGAUACCAAGUCAUAGCUGGUUGAAGAGAGGUUUAGAUGCCGCUCCAAAUCGGUAUGGGAUACGGCCGGGACGACAUUGGGAUGGUGUUGAUCGUAGUAACGGGUUCGAGAAGGCAUUGUUUAAGAGGAUGAAUGAGAGACAAGCUACAGACAAAGAGGCUUAUCUUUGGUCUGUCUCUGAUAUGUAAAACUUACAUUAUAUUGUAACAACAUUCAAACAAAGUAUGGUUGAUCUGGCAUAUUUUCCAAGUGUACUCAGGGGGCUAUUUGGGAGGCAUGUUUGUAAAGAUGUUAAUAUGAUGUUUUCAUGUUAAUUAUGGAAAAUGAUGAGCCAUAGUUUUCUUCAUUGUUCUAAUCCUGCAGAAAAAUGAGGAAAUUUUUUGUCAA